AUGGGCCGACCCCUCUUCUCUGGUGCCUUCCGCGACUCUGCCCCCGCGGUCAGAGUCGAACCCGACGUAGCGUAUCCUGCGUACGAAAAGUGGACGCAGAACGCGUUCGACCCUGACUCGGAGGAGUGGUUCGAGAGCGACGACGCGGUCUACGAGGCCUUUGUGGACCAGGAGCCGAGGCCGGAGUUGAGGGAGGGAGGAAGCAACUCGAGCAGAUCGCCGUCUCCAGGCAGGGCCACCCCUAGCCACGCGUCCGCUGGUGCGGGCGUCGUGGUCAUCGAGGACGCUAGUGAUGUGAGUUCUGGAUCAAGCGAGGGAACUGCGAGCGGCAGGGAAAGUCCUAUGGAGGGCGCUGCUUCGGAGGAUGCAGGGUCGGACAGAGGUGACUAUCCCGGCGGCUAUGUCCCUCUCGUUGUUCGCGUGCCCGUCAACCAGACUGAGCGUACUGCCGGUGGUCUGACGCGCACGCGGGUGCUACACGACCGUCCGGAGGCGCCCCAUGCCUACCGAGCUGGGGAUAUACCUUCCCUGUACAAUAUGGCGUUCCGAGCCAGAGACAGGUUGGAUACGCCAAAUAACCUACCCAGCCGCGCCAUUGACCGGGCGAUCACCACUCGAACGUCCGACAUCACGCCAAUCGUCGUGCGCGCUCGAGCGCCCGCGACGCCUCCCACUCCCCCUCCUCGCCUCACUACCCCUCCUCCGGCCCCUCAGACGCCAGCCGCCUACAUGACCCCUUCCCCGCCUCCAUCCGUCACUCCUAGACUAUAUCACUGGUCUCCUGCCCCUGCCCCUUUCCCCGUAUCCCCUACCCCCGCCAACCGGCGUCUCCUGGGCAACACCAGCGCCAGGAUGUCGCUCGCCCACAUCGCCCCCACGCAGGUGGAGGCGCGUCAUAUCAGGAUCUGA